AGUCGAGCUUAGGAUUCUACACAAAAUGCUCGCGUUCCAUUUGUUCCUCUGCAGUUUGUUUACGGGCGCCUGGAGCUGGGGUUAUGGCGAACCCAAAUAUUAUGCCCCAACGUGCGACUAUAUCAAUUGUCCGGCAGUCAAAGACGAAGUCUGUGCCAAGACCCAGGGCUCACACCAGGCUGCGACCUUUGAUAACGCCUGCGAGGUUCAGCGCUAUAGCUGCCUGACCGGACAAUAUUGGCACAUACUCUACGAGGGACCUUGCGAGUGCCCAGUCAAAUGUCCACUCACGUGUAGUCCCGUCUGUGCCGCGCUGGGCAGUACGCAGAAAACCUUCCAAAAUUACUGUGAAAUGUUGCAGUUCAUCUGCCAUACAGGAGAACCUUGGAAAUACCUUCGCAAUGAGGCUUGCUUAGAUACAGAAUCCCAAUACUCGGCGUAUGCAGGACCAUUCAUUUCUCGUGAAUCAUAUCCAGUUUAUGGGCCCCAUCCUUAUGGACAACAUGCGUAUAGACCACCCGCUUAUGGCCCUCCAGCCUAUGGAGCUCCUGCCUACCAAGCCCCAGCCUAUGGGCCCCCAAUGGCAUAUCCCAGAGCCUUCCAAUCCCCACCACACCCAUAUGCAGCAUCGCAGCUGCAGCCAUAUCAUCUAUCAAUCUCAAGGGACGCUUUGCCAACUGAGUCAACGGAUGCGUUUGGCCCAACAACAACCAACAUAGUUCCCGAUAGAUCUACAAGUUCUCCUUAUACUGAAGCACCAACAUCGACUGAAUCAUCAACAGUUUCGACAGCAGCUCCAACCAAUUCAACUGUAGCGGCUAAUGCGCCACAGUUUGUUGCACAAAGCUUAAUCACAGAUACAAAAUCUGAAUCAGAUGCUGCUUCCCAAGAUACAUUGGCUACCGCUGUGAACACAACUGCUGUACCUUCAAAGCCCAUUUACGUAACAGAAGCUACCGUCAGUUCUACUUCGUAUUCUACACCUGUUUCAAAUGAUUCAACUUCACCAAGCAAUGAAUCUAGAAAAGUUCAAAGUAAGGCGGCAAUAGCAAAUCGGGUAGAAAACACUUCGGAAAGCAACACAACUCCUGCGGAAGUCUCUUUGAAUGCUACAGCGGCAACGACACCUGUAAAUUCAAAUUUUGAUUCCACAACAGAAGCUUUUGCCAGUUCUGGCUCGGAGUCUACCUCGAGUGCCCCACCCAAAGAUAUAUACAGCUCUUAUACAUCAACAGCUUCGUACUCAAGCCCUGUUACGUCUGACACAGCAUCAGCUAGGAAGGCUGUGGAGCCCAAAGUAGAUAGCUAUACGCCUACUGCGGCUGCUUCCUCAUAUACCGCUGCGAAUAAUACAACUCAACUGCCCCUGGAAACUACAAUAGCUUCUGAUUCCACAACAGAAGCUUCGGUAGGUUCCACGGACUCGACCUCACAGCUGAGCUCGGUCGCGACAGAAACUUCGACUGAAGCAUCAACAUUGGGCAACGCACCACGAUUUAGAGCUCAAAGCUUAAGUAGAGCAUCAGCUGUAAAUCAAACACAAAGUACUCUAGUUAAUAACACCACUACGACGGAAAGCCCAUUAAGCGAUACAUCAGAGACUACAGCCAUAAGUCCUAAUUCCACAUCAGAAGCUCCUGUGAGUUCUGCCAGUAAUUCCACUGCGGCUGAGUCAUUAUACCCAACAACAGUUCCAUCAUAUGGAACGGCUCGACAGUCCCAAGUUGAAAGCUUGUACUUACCCACCUCAAAUUCAUUACCGAAAUAUUCAUCGGAAUCGACUGCUUAUCCUCAGGAAUCUUCCUCCGAACCUCCUGUGAGUUCGACCUCCGUCUCGACACCAGCUUCGACAUCGCCAAGUAGUGAGCCACAAGUGAGAGCUCAAAGCUUAAGUAGAGCAGCAGCUGUUAAUCAGACCCAAGCUGAUCCAGUUGAUAAUACCACAGCGACUACAGCCAUAAGUCCAAAUUCCACAUCAGAAGCUACUGUGAGUUCUGCCAGUAAUUCCACUGCGGCUGAGUCAUUAUACGCAACAACAGUUCAAUCAUAUGGAACGACUCGACAGUCCCAAGUUGAAAGCUUGUACUUACCCACCUCAAAUUCAUUACCGAAAUAUUCAUCGGAAUCGACUGCUUAUCCUCAGGAAUCUUCCUCCGAACCUCCUGUGAGUUCGACCUCCGUCUCGACACCAGCUUCGACAUCGCCAAGUAGUGAGCCACAAGUGAGAGCUCAAAGCUUAAGUAGAGCAUCAGCUGUAAAUCAAACACAAAGUACUCUAGUUAAUAACACCACUACGACGGAAAGCCCAUUAAGCGAUACAUCAGAGACUACAGCCAUAAGUCCUAAUUCCACAUCAGAAGCUACUGUGAGUUCUGCCAGUAAUUCCACUGCGGCUGAGUCAUUAUACCCAACAACAGUUCCAUCAUAUGGAACGGCUCGACAGUCCCAAGUUGAAAGCUUGUACUUACCCACCUCAAAUUCAUUACCGAAAUAUUCAUCGGAAUCGACUGCUUAUCCUCAGGAAUCUUCCUCCGAACCUCCUGUGAGUUCGACCUCCGUCUCGACACCAGCUUCGACAUCGCCAAGUAGUGAGCCACAAGUGAGAGCUCAAAGCUUAAGUAGAGCAGCAGCUGUUAAUCAAACCCAAGCUGAUCCAGUUAAUAAUACCACAGCGACUACAGCCAUAAGUCCUAAUUCCACAUCAGAAGCUACUGUGAGUUCUGCCAGUAAUUCCACUGCGGCUGAGUCAUUAUACCCAACAACAGUUCCAUCAUAUGGAACGGCUCGACAGUCCCAAGUUGAAAGCUUGUACUUACCCACCUCAAAUUCAUUACCGAAAUAUUCAUCGGAAUCGACUGCUUAUCCUCAGGAAUCUUCCUCCGAACCUCCUGUGAGUUCGACCUCCGUCUCGACACCAGGUUCGACAUCGCCAAGUAGUGAGCCACAAGUGAGAGCUCAAAGCUUAAGUAGAGCAGCAGCUGUUAAUCAGACCCAAGCUGAUCCAGUUGAUAAUACCACAGCCAUAAGUCCAAAUUCCACAUCAGAAGCUCCUGUGAGUUCUGCCAGUAAUUCCACUGCGGCUGAGUCAUUAUACCCAACAACAGUUCCAUCAUAUGGAACGGCUCGACAGUCCCAAGUUGAAAGCUUGUACUUACCCACCUCAAAUUCAUUACCGAAAUAUUCAUCGGAAUCGACUGCUUAUCCUCAGGAAUCUUCCUCCGAACCUCCUGUGAGUUCGACCUCCGUCUCGACACCAGCUUCGACAUCGCCAAGUAGUGAGCCACAAGUGAGAGCUCAAAGCUUAAGUAGAGCAGCAGCUGUUAAUCAGACCCAAGUUGAUCCAGUUAAUAAUACGACUCUUUCGGAUACGACACCUACAGAAACAACGGAAGCAAUUGAAUCCACAACUGAAGCUCUUGUCAGUUCGAGCUCGAAUUCCACAGCACAAUCGAGUUCAGAUUUAACGACAGUUCCAACAUAUUCGACAUCAGCAAGUAAUGUACCAGCCAUAGAUAAUACUCAACGUGCUUCAGAUAAAAAUACAACUUUAUCGGAGUCACCUAACCGAGAGAGUACGAAUGGAACCCAGUUGAUUGUACAAGUGUCUGAAAAGGAUGACGUUCAGACAGUUAAGAUUAAUAAUCAAAAUACCAAUCCAAGUCCGACAUACGUGUUCAUAUUCCUGUCCAAAUCCUCAGCACAAAAAGUGGAAGUAUGAGUAAGUUACAAAGGAAAUGGAUAGAUUAUUAGACAAAACAAUGCCAGAAAAAUCAACUAAUCCCAAUUCAAUUAUAAGACUUAAACAAUUGUUAAUUUACAUAUUAAUAAAUAUAUAAAUAUA